AUGCAGAUCACCUUCAGUGGACUCAGAGCCCUGGUCACCGGUGCAGGAAAAGGGAUUGGAAGGGAUACUGUGAAGGCGCUGCAUGACUCUGGGGCCAAAGUGGUGGCUGUGAGCAGAACUAAAGAGGAUCUGGCCAGUCUUUCUAAGGAGUGUCCAGGAUUAGAGCCAAUCUGCGUGGACCUGGGAGAUUGGGAGGCUACUUCACGAGCUCUUGGAAAUAUAGGUCCCGUAGACCUAUUGGUAAACAAUGCAGGUGUACUUCUGACAGAGCCCUUUUUGGAGGUCUCCAAGGAGGCUUUUGACAGGACCAUCAAUGUGAAUCUUCGCUCUGUGAUCCAGGUGUCCCAGAUCAUUGCCAGAGGGAUGAUUGCUCGUGGGGUCCCAGGAUCCAUUGUCAAUAUCUCCAGCUUGGUCUCUCGAGCCACUAUUCCUACCUUGACCAGCUACAGUUGCACCAAAAGUGCAAUGGACAUGCUGACCAAGGUGAUGGCCCUGGAGCUUGGGCCACACAAGAUUCGAGUAAAUACAGUGAAUCCCACAGUCGUCCUCACUAACAUGGGAAGAAAGGUCUCUGCAGAUCCAGAAUUUGCUAAUGCUCUAAAGGAACGCACUCCUCUGAAGAAGUUUGCAGAGGUGGAAGAUGUGGUUUACAGCAUCCUCUUUCUUCUGAGCGACAAAAGUGCCAUGACCAAUGGCUCAGGCAUUCUGGUUGAUGGCGGGUAUCUGGCCUCCUAAGCUCCAGUAGGGAGGGUCCACAGAUAUUAGAACAAUGAGUGGGAAUUCUGCUUCAUUUCCCCCCAACCCCUACCUGCUAUAAAGUCCUACACUCCCUCAUUUCCUUCUCCUACUCAAUCAUCAGCCCUUCCCAAACCACCUAUGGUUCCUACCCCAACUAAACAAAAAGGUCCCACCUUCUUGCAGCUUUUAAUCAUCUCCCAGGAGUAGUAGCUUCUUGGCUUUCUCAGAAAAUCCUUCAUUUCAAUCCCACUUUCAUUCCCUUCCCCCAAUACCCCAGUGGAUAAAUCUCAGAGAAUGCUUAAAGCAAAGUCCUAUAACCCAUUCUUUUUUCACCCCAUUUCUUCCUCUAAUUGGUUCUAGAUUUGGAAUUGGUGGAUUCCAUCUUGAUUCUAAUCCUAGCUCUGGAUUUUAGUGUCUGCUCUGGGAAAGUUACAACCUCUCUGGGCCAAGGGUUGGACUACAUGGCCUAUAGGCUCUCUUUCCAUCUCUAAUCUAUAAGCCUAGGAACCAGAGGAUUCAAACCUGUAACACAGCAGUGCUUUUCUUCACCUACUAGUGGGAAGAGUGGGAGUUGGGAUGAACCUGAGGACAGGAAAAGGCAACAAUCAUCAAUAAACCUGACAUGGAAAGACUGAGAUUCUGCAGCUCCUUAAAAGUAUAUGAAAUCAUGCCCUGAGCUAGGAGUCCCAAGGGUUGGGUUUUAGUUCCUAUUCUGAUAGGACCUUGGUGGGUGACUUUAGAUUUCCUCAU